AUGCCCGAGAAACCGGCAACCAUUGCAGCCUACGCUGCGGGGGCUUCGUUAGCUGCCAUUACCCUCUUCUACGUCUUCGGUCCUAAUUUCACAAUUGACGGCGACGAUUCCAACAUUAGCGGGCGAAAGAAGGGCGUCGUUGGCCUGUCCAACCCGGCCAAUGACUGCUUUAUCAACUCCGUUCUCCAGGCCCUGGCCGGCCUCGGCGAGCUGCGAGUAUAUCUUAUCCGCGAACUGCAUAAGCGAGAGCUGGAAGGGCCCGAAAUAUACGAUACCUUGCCACACAGAGAUGAUUUGAGGUCCGGCGAGGUAGCGGAGAAAGUGAGGAAGUUGCAGCUUGCGCCGGUGACAAGGGCAUUGAAGGAUAUGCUUGAUGCAUUGAAUGAACGGCCGAUAUAUAAGAAGACAAUAUCCGCCAGGGGUUUCGUGCAUGCUCUAGAACUUGCGUUUCGGACGAGAAUAAGCAGGAACCAGCAGGAUGCGCAGGAGUUUUUACAGGUCGUUGUCGAGCGGCUGUGUGAUGAAUAUCAUGCCGGGGAGAAGGCAAGAAAACGGGCGGCGAAAUACCUAGCAACAGCAACGGGUGGUGUAUCGACCGCGAACGGCGGCCUAGACCUGCAGCCAGAAGGGAUAGUAAGCGAAGAUUCGAAUUCCACGCCGAUGAUAGAAUUGAACGUGCAGGAUGAGAACCCCGAGCCCGAAACCGAGCCUGAGGCCGAAGCUGGCUUCCCGCUGGAAGGGAUGCUCGAAUCCCAGAUCGAAUGCGAGCAUUGCAAAUACAAAUAUAAACCCAAGCCUACCUCCUUCGUCAAUCUUACCUUGCAGGUACCGCAGAAGAGCUCAGCGACCUUGAGCUCCUGUUUUGACGGACUGUUAAAAACAGAAUAUAUCGACGAUUUCCGGUGUGAAAGAUGUCAGCUUGUCUAUACCCUGGAGCAGAAAUCUAAAGCUCGAUCUCGCGCCUCGUCGAAGAAAAUAGAACAGUCCCUAGAUAAUGAAAUAGCACUUCUCAAGAAUGCUAUUGAAACUGACCCCGAAAUGACCCCUGAAGGCGUCACAAUGCCCAACCCGUCGGAAGUCCCCCGCCGCAAAAUCGCAAAACACAUGCGCAUCACGGUAUUUCCAAAGAUCAUUGCUAUCCAUCUCUCCAGGUCGAUAUUCGAUCAUACAUUCUCCACCAAAAAUGCAGCAAAGGUUUCGUUCCCCGAACGCCUCGCGUUGGGAGGCAUUCUGGACAAGAAAUGGUACAAGUUGCUCGCCAUAGUAUGUCAUAAGGGAAGCCAUAAUAGUGGCCACUACGAAUCAUUCCGACGGAAUCACGUAUACGCUCCUUUCUCAACACCGGAUGUCUUUCGAUCAUACGCCCAAAGCCGCGCGCAGAGCCAGAAUCCUUCCACCUUCCCCAGUCCGCAAAUAAAUUCCCCGCCGAAACAGAAUGCAGGCGAUAUGACGCCUUUAAAUAUAUCGCCCGUAUCUCGCUCUCCUUCCACCACCGAAUCAACCGUCUCCUUCCCAACUGCCGCAGGUACAACCACAGACACAACAUCAUCACCCUCUUCCCGGCCAGCGUCGGGCCAAACAUCGCACCAUCAAACACCUCACUUAUCUACCCAAACACCCCAACUACAGCCCACCCCAGAGCUACAGUCCGGCACCCCCGAUAGAGCCCCAUCCACUUCCUCAUCUAUGAGACGACACCUCGAUGCAACCCUAUCAGGCGACUUCCUCUCUCCGCGUCGUGACUCGAGCGUCAAACGAAGUAAACCUACCACACCCACACCCGACCCACCAUCGUCGUCGUCACGAUUCCGAUGGAAGAAGAAAUCCAAUGAGCGCUGGUGGCGUAUCAGCGACGAACGAAUCAGGGAGUGUAAGACUAGUGAUGUCUUGGGUAUGCAGAAGGAGGUUUAUCUGCUAUUUUACGAGUUAGAGCGACCCCACGAUGAGGAAACAUGA